UGUGAGCACCAGUGUGUGUUUCUGAGGGGGACGAGAUAGGCUGCGACACAGACACACUCAUCGCCCCCCUGCGCCCCCCGCCCCUGCACGGAGCCUGCAGCUGGCAGCAGAGAGCUCCCCACAAUGGAGACUGAGCUGCCUGAGUCCCCUGCCUCCCCUGCACCGGAGCUGCCCCCCGACUCCCCCCAGGAGGAGCCACCCCCGGAGCCGCCGGGCAGGCCCCCACGCCGGCUGCCCCACCAGUGCGCCUCGUGCCAGCGCCGCUUCGCCCAGGCCCACGGCCUCCGGCAGCACCGGUGCCGUCCCCGCAACCCGCCCGCCCAGAGCCCGGCCGGCGGCGAAUCCCACCGGUGCCGCUCCGGCACCAAGCGUGGGCACCAGUGCCGGGUGUGCGGGAAGCAGUUCAAAUUCCCCUACUACCUGGCGCGACACGGCCUGACCCACGGCGGGCAGAAGCCGUUCCAGUGCCCGGUGUGCCACAAGGCCUUCCGCCGCCCGGCCCACCUGGCCCGCCACCAGCGCACCCACGCCCGCCAGCGCUUCCCGGAGCCGGCCGAGCGGCUGCGCCAGCAGGCCGGGCCCCCGGGCGAGGAAGCCGACGAGAAGCAGGUGCUGCUGCAGGCGGACUGGACGUUGCUGUGCCUGGCCUGCCAGGAGGCCUUCGAGACCAAGGGCGAGCUGAAGGCGCACAAGUGCUUCAAGGCGCGGGGCCGGGCCGGGCCGGGCGGCGCCCAGCGGCACCAGUGCAGCGUGUGCCACAAAUUCUUCGCCCGGCCCUGGUCCCUGUCGCGGCACCGCCGGGUGCACACGGGCGAGAAGCCGUUCGCCUGCCCCGACUGCGGCAUGGCCUUCCGCCUCUCCUCCUACCUCAAGCAGCACAGCCGGUGCCACGGGGCCGGGGCCGGGGCGCCCUUCGCCUGCCCGCUCUGCCGCCAGCGCUUCCGCAAGGCGGGCGAGCUGGCCAGCCACCGGCGGGCGCACGGCGACGCCGCCCCCGGGCCGGAGCCGCCCCACAAGGCCUCCGAGUGCAGCGUCUGCGGCAAAGCCUUCAAGAGCAAGUACGACCUGGCCACCCACUUCCUGAUCCACACGGGCGAGCUGCCCUACCCCUGCGGCCAGUGCGGCAAGCGCUUCCGACGCCUCUCCCACCUCAAGCAGCACCAGGUCACCCACACGGGCGCCCGGCCCUUCCAGUGCGUCCUCUGCCAGAAGGAGUUCAAGCGCCUGGCCGACCUGGCCCGCCACCGGCAGGUCCACCAGGGGGACAAGCCCCACCAGUGCGGCGUCUGCCACAAGUUCUUCUCCCGCGCCUACAGCCUCCUGCGGCACCAGCGCGGGCACCGGCCCGAGCUCCUGGCCGCCGCCCGCCCCGAGGCCUCGCUCAGCAACUCCUGCUUCGACAGCCAGGACCACUCGGCCUUCUGCAGCCCCGAGGACGAGGAGGAGGAAGGGGGCGCGGCCGGCGGCUCUGGGGGGGGCUCCUGACGUGCCCAGUGGGCACUCUGAGCUGGAUUGGGGGGGCACAUGGGGGGAUCCCCUGGGGCCUGGUGGGGGGACCCCUGGGUCAGAGUGAAGCCGUCCCCCAUCUCCUGAGCCAGUCCUUGAAAUCU